GCAUAUCACGCGUGGGGUAACGAGGUCGACCUGUAGACCGCAGGCCAUCUGUACAGUAACUACCUGUGAUUGUCACCAGUCUCUAAAACAUCCUCUUACAAACGUCUCCUAGCUGGUGCCUCUACUUCAUUUAUAAGUCCAUGAUCCCAAGAUGAGGCCAGGAAUCGGCUUCGAGAACUCAGAGCCACGUCCGCGCAAGCCAUCGACCACCGACCCACCCCUUACCAAUGACCGCUCUAACACGGCUCCCACGACGUUCUUUCUUUCACGGGGUCCUGAUGGUUCCAAAUCUCAGACCGAACGAGGCCUUGGGCUGACGUCGUCCACUGUACCUGUCACUAGCCUACAGGAAGCGAUUCAAGAAGCAGAAAGAUCAGGCAAGCAGGCAACAACAAGGACGCCAGAAGUAAGAAGUGCGAGUCGGCGGCGGUCAACGAUUAGACCGGGCAACGAGGGCCAUCUACGAAGGACAUCAUCAACGACACACCCAGAAGCAGGUCAGCCUCUUGCCGGCGAAAUCACGGCGUCUCCACUACCCUCUCGCGAUGUAUCCCUGCCGAGCAGUCCGAAGUCCGGCUCUUCUAGAUCACUUCACAGAUCCGACGACGAGUUGACGAACGAUGAAACAGGGAGUCAGGCGAUCGGCUCCAGUGAGGACGAAGAGGAAGAAGAGCCAGGAGCCGUCAUCCAUGAUAGCCAACCCGAACUUAUCAUGCCUAGUAUCAAGAUGCCCAGCCGAAGACCAUUCACAUCGCGAGGCAAGCGUCUAGGGAGGUUCAAGAUUUUGGUUGCUGGAAGGAAAGGUGUGGGCAAGACUUCGCUUAUCAAGUCCGUUGUUCAACUUUGCGAAGACAUUGUACAUGUCGACUCGGUCUCCGCCGUUUUCAGCCGCACAUCUCGACGCGACUCGUAUGUGUCAUCUGAGACAGUCAAUGAAAUUUACGCCAGCACAAAACCGUAUCCCGCUUGGUGGUCGAAUGUUGAAGAGAGCCGAAUACUAAGAAGACGGAAGAGCAUGGGUGACUCUGUCCUGGAACGAAACAUCUGCUUCGUUGAGACUCCGGAUUCGAUCAAGCUAGAGACGAUCGUCCAUUACGCUGAAGAGCAGCUAACGAAUGUGAUGGCGUCUGCCAAUCACCUCACCACCGAGUUCUCAAGCCUCCUCAGCGGACGCGGGUCAUCACAAGUGGACGUGAUUCUGUAUUUGAUCUCUAAAGAACAUCUGGAAGACGAUUGUGAGCGUAUUCGACAACUAUCGGAAUUGUGUAACAUCGUUCCGCUGGUGGCCAAGUCGGAUCUGCUCAGCAUGGAAGAACAGGAUCACGUCAAACAAGCCAUCGACCUCAGUUUCGUAUCGCUACCUCGACUACCUCCAUCUCUGAUAUCCGAAGUUGAGCACAAGACAACUGCAUCCGCUCCUUAUACUGUCACAUCAACGAAUGGCCCAGACCUCGAUACUAUGGACGCAUCGCUGCUAAUGUCGCCAGAGUAUAUCCAGCCUCUCCUGCCGUCCGAGCUCAGCCUAUUGGUCGAACACAUCUUUGAUCCUGAGACGGUGGCAUAUCUGCGCCACACAUCCGCACGCAAGUUGAUGGCGUGGUACUCUUCUCAUCCUAAAUUGACAUCGAUCUCAUCACCGUCACUACCUUCUGUGCACAACUCUACGCUUGGAUCACCCUUCCCGACCUCUCUCAGUAAUUCUGGAGUACUGAUACCGCCAGGAUCUGAAAUGUCCCUGAAUACCUCGAACAGUUGGGCCCUGGCUAGAGUGGCUGAUCACACUCAACGUGAAGAGCGGUUAGCACAAGUCAGACUAUCCAAGUGGGCAAGUGAGCUGCAAUUGAGUCUACAACGUGAACGAGAACGCUAUGAGAAGAUAGCGCGAGUCGAACGAGCGACCUGGCUGGUGGAGAAAAUGGGUGAAGAGAUCCGCGAUGGACGAGUCCUGCCACGGGACAAUACUCAGGCUUUGGUUCGCAAUGGCGAGAAAUCGACCGUUGGGUAUGGCGAGCUGCCAAGUUACAAGAUACACGAUCCCCUUGGGUUGCUGCGAUGGCAGAACAGCGUGCGUACUCGUGGCUGGAUUGCGCUGCAGAUUAUGGGUAGCUUCGGCGUCCUAGGAGGACUUGCUUUUUGGGUGGUGAAGACAUGGGGAUUGACCACCAGUAUCAACGACUGGGCGCAAGGCUAUCACAUGUCGUGGUUUGGGCAUGAUUGACAGAGGUAAUGUUCGAUGGUGAAGCUAUAAUAAGUGGUGGACAGAAUACUCAGCUACAAGGACCAUGCUAGACAUCCCUGAUGUCCAGAGUACCUACAUAGCUGACAGAUGUUACGUAGGAG